GAAAAUGAUAUAGCUCAAGCGAAAUUCUAUAUGAAUAAAAGCCAAAGCAAGCCAAAUGUCACGUUUAUAUUUUUUUGAUAGCCCCCAUCUUACAAAUAAAAUCCCCCCGCAGUACUAUAAAAGUGUUGACCAUUUUAAAAGAAAAGCUCUUAACUUUCGGAAAUUUGAAACUUUUAAAGUCAACUCCAUAAUAACGCCAAGAUACUUGAUAUAAUUGUAAAUAAACAUAAAAAAAAGAAAAACUCCUGACUUAACGCUGCUUUCGGCAGGGGAAAUUUCAGUGAAAUAAAACCCAAAGCACCGUAAAUAGAUAAAAUAUGGCUAGCAUUUUAUGCUGGACGAUGGCACGAUGCUACAAGUGAAUAAAAACCAAGCCCGGAAAACUCAGUGAAUCAUGAGUGAGUGUGCGAGUGAGUGCGAGUGAGUGUGCGAGUGUCUGUGAAGCAUAUGCCCAAUAAACGAGAUGUCCAUAACCGUAAAGAGAAAGUGUUAUGGCCAUUACCAUAGAGGACGCAAGGACCCAGUUUGUUGUCCCUUUUUGCACCGAAAAAUCACAAUUUAUGGCAGCAACUGCGAGUGCCACACACACACACACACACAUAUAAAGGAGGAGUUUGUUUAUAUGGCCCAGGGAGCUGGAUCCUUAUUAACUAGCUGCUUCUUCUCUUCCGUCUGCUCCGUGUUUAUGUCUUGCCCUCCCUGAAGGAAACCCAAGUGCUUCCACAAAACAUACAAAAAACCGAAUCUUCCAUUGCCAUGGAAACCGAGAACCGCGGACGACAUUCAAUAGCAGCCAUGAACAAUUCCAUUCCACGGAAUGGCGGCUUCUGUGGUGCACUGCAGCGUGCGCCGCCGCCGAUGCCGCCGGGCCUGGGGCGACGCCUCGCCAGCCGGGAAUGCUAUGGCGUUGGCAAGGUCAAAGUCAUGCUGCGCGUCGCCGACCGGACGGACAGCUCCAACGAGCCCGAUUUCAUGUCGCUGGACAAGAAGAAGCGGCAGGUGACACUAACCGAUCCAAAGAAUGUCUGUGCACCCCAGGCCCAGGAGCGAGCGCCCAUGGUGGCAGCGCCCAAAAUGUUUGCAUUCGAUCAUUUAUUUACCGCCGAGGAUAAACAGUCGGACGUCUGUGCGGCGGCCUUAAGCGAGGUAAUACCCGCCGUGCUGGAGGGCUCCGAUGGCUGUCUGCUGGCCAUGGGCUAUCCGGGCACGGGGCAAACACAGACGGUGCUGGGCGAACUGGGAUCGGGCGCUCUCGGGGCAGCGCCCUGUGCCAUUGCCUGGCUGUACAAGGGCAUACAGGAGCGUCGACAGAAGAGCGGUGCCCGCUUCUCGGUCCGGGUUAGCGCUGUGGGCGUGAAUGCGACCAAGCCGGAUGCUCUCUCCACGGAUUUGCUCAUCUCGCAUGCGGCUGAAUCUGACGACUCCCCGGGGAUUUAUUUGCGUGACGACUUCCUUGGCGGCCCAACGGAACUACGUGCACCCACCGCCGAACGUGCGGCAUUAUUUCUCGACUCUGCGCUGGCCGGACGCUUAAAAAGUUCCGGUCCCGGUGCCGGAUCCGGCAGCUCCAGCUGCAAUUCAAACUCUACACAAGCGACGCUGGAGUCGGCCCUCAUCUUCACGCUGCACGUCUACCAGUACAGCCUGUCCCGCAAGGGGGGUGUUGCUGGCGGUCGCAGCCGUUUACAUAUCAUCGACUUGGGCGGCUGUGCGAAUCGCAGCGGUGGUCUUCCGCUCUCGGGAAUUGGCAACAUACUGUUGGCCAUAUUGAGCGGGCAGAGGCAUCCGCCGCACAAGGACCACCCGCUGACGCCGUUGCUGAAGGACUGCCUGGCGCCCAUCACCUGCCAUGUGGCAAUUGUCGCACAUGUCCUGCACGCCCAAUGCUACCAGGACGCCCUGUCCACCAUACAGAUUGCCUCGCGCAUUCAUCGCCUGCGUCGACGCAAGCAUCGUGUGCCCAUGCCCCUCGCUGUCGGUCUGGCCCAGAGCCUGGCUGCCGGCGGUGGCGGUGGCGGUGGCUCCUCCGCUGGCUCCGGCGCCGAUCCAUCCAGCUCGGAGAUCUCAGCCGACACUGUCAUCUAUAUGGGACCCCAUGAUGAUGCCACCGACGGCGAACAUCCGCCCGUUUAUCUGCCCUCGCUCAGCCUCAACACCACGGACAAUCGCAGCCUGCUCGUCAAGCCAACAGCCCAACCUAAAUCAAACUGUGCCAGUCCGCUGAUGAAGAAGGCCGCCAUCGAGAAGGCCAAAAAGCUGCAACCUUCGGUGAGCUCCAAUGGCAGCCUGAAGCGCCAUAAUUCCGCCGCAGCAGCUGCUGCUGCCUCCUCCUCCCCAAUGAACGCACACAUUGCGCUGAACCAUGAGCUGCUGCCGCCGCCGGGCUCACCCAUACCCAGACACAUGUGCUCCAAGGCCUCGAAUAUGCCAACGCCGAAGGGUUCGCCGCUGCGUCGUCCGCAUGGCAACGCACCGGGCGCUGCACUGGAGCAGCUGGAGGCGGGCAUGCGACAGAUCACCGAGGAGCAGUGGAUCGACGGGCCGCGUGUGUCCCGGGCCAAGGUGGCGGAGGCGCGGCACCUGAUGCGCGAGGUGAACCAUGUGAAGCAGUGCGAGACCUGGGUGGACGGGCCCAAAUCGCAAUCGUGUCGCUCCCUAACCGCGGGCAAUCUGCCGACGGCGGCCCAGACGCAGGGCUACGGCUUUAUGGAUGCGCACAAAAAGACCAUGAUACGGCAGUGGGUGGAGAACCAGACCACGCAAGUCUUCCAGAGUGCGGUCAGCAGCGUCUCCGCCAGCAGCUCACCCACGGCGCUGCAUCUGAAGCUGUCGCAGCUCAAGCAAAAGUCGCUGGAACUGCCGGAACGGCCGGUCUUCCAGCCGGAGCCUGCGCUCGAGCUGCCGCCGUGCCUGGACAGCCUGCCGGGCAGCUGUCAGGAAGUGCCGCCGGAUGGCGAUGAUCAGGACAGCGGGCCGUCGGAGGUGCCGCCCGCGCUGCCGCUGCUCGACGAUCCGCUCGGCUCGCGCGACAUCUCCCACGACAGUCUGCAUCGAAUGCUCUCGCGGCACGUGUCGCGCGAGCAGCUGCACGAAUCGGAACUGGCCGCCGCCGCCGCCGCCAGUCGCGCCUCCUCCACAUCGCAGCAGCAUCCCAGCUCGCAGCGCAGCAUCGACUGCGGCCUUCAGGUGACCGAGGAGGAAAUCGCGCGCACCAUGGCGCGCAGCGAACGGGAGCAAGUGCAUCCACUGGCCGCGCUCAGCCACUGCGACAACUUGUCCUUUGUAUCCAGCUUCAACAUGGCCUGCGAGUCCUUCAGCGAGUGCGGCGAACGCGCCAGACACCAGUUCGAUCAGCUGGCGCGCCUGCACGAGAUCUUCACCUCGCAGCUGGCCAUGGCGGAGGUGACGCCCUCGGCGGCGCUCUAUCGCACGGAUGUGGGCAGCGUGUUCAGUGAGCCCGCCUUCCGCUUCAAUGUCGGCCAGAGCAGCGUCUGCAGCGAGCCCGCGUAUCGUCUGACGCCAAGUCCGCCCAAGCAGCCGUCGCACAGUCCCAGCCAGGGCUCGCUGCCCAGCCUGAAUGGCAUCAUGGAAAUCGCCGGCAUGGAUGACUAUGCGCUGCUCCGCCAGCCGGAUGGCGCCUCGGAUCCCAGUUUGCCCAAGAGCGAGAAACGUUUCGCGCCCCAGCACGAUGACAUCUCUGAGCUGGAGGAGAAGUCCGCGGCGGCAGCGGCAGGCGGGGCAGCAGGUGUGGGCGUGGGCAGACGCAGCUCGCUGGAGGAUGCACAGCACAAGCUGAACGAGAUCACGAAUAUAUUGCCGCUGGCGGCGCAGUCGCGUCUGCCGCUGCUGCCGCUGAACACCAGCUCGGAGGCAUACGACAGCGGACACGACUCCUCGACGCCGCGCACCUCCAAGCAUUCGGGCAUAUCGCGGCGCGCGGAGAGCGGCUAUCACAGCGUGGCGACCGUGCGGGAUUCGGAUGAGAGCAGCUUCGCCUCGGGCAUGUCGAAGAGCCAGCGGCAUCGCAUUACCAUAUCAGGUGGCGGCAAUUAUCAGCGGCACGGCAAGAAGCGACAGCGCCAGGAGGGCAACAAGGGUCUGUGCAACUGGCUGCUGCAUCCGUUCUCCUGCACCUAUCCAGAGACUGAGGGCGAGAUCAGCGACUUCUAAAAUGCCAGCCAAUCGAGUUGUCCACACCCACCAAAUGAGAGCUAGUCCAGCAUUUAAAUGGCCAAAGAAACACCCACACACACCCACACACAACACACAUCAUCCAGACAUAUGGACCCCACGGGCUUUGGUGGAACCCAACCCAAAACCAAAAGCAAAAAAAAAUCAACCCCAUAAAAACCAGCGACUGAUUAACUUUUACUUGGCGCCGGCUGCCACCAACGAUUUUUAAUUGGAGAUAAAAAAAAAUCCAAAAAAGAAAAGAAAAAAAAAAACAAAAAACAAAAGUGAAAACUAAUCUAAUCUAACCCAACUACCUAAUUAUACCUAUGCUAUAAAGAAGGCGCCAUAAACUCACUCACUCACUCACUAAUACAAACGGGGCUUUAAGUAUUUUAAGUUGCCAGCUAGCAUAAAGAGAAACUUUCGCAUUAGGGGUAGUCACGAUGGAAGGCAACACUACAAAUAUUAUAACUCUUAUUAGGUCGAAAAUCUUGGAAGCAAUUUACAAAACAAAAGGAGUUUAAACAGCUUGACUACGCUUAUUAUUUUAGUAGGGGUAGUCCCAAAGGUAACAAAAUCUUUUAGGUACUACAAAAAUAUAUUAAAUGCAUUUUCAGGUUUUUAUUUCUAAGGAUUAAAAAAUAAUGAGUACCUCUACUAUUUUAUUAGGGGUAGUCCCAAAGUUAACAAGCACUUUAAAGUACCAUAAAGAAUAUUAAUUGCAUUUCAGUUUUUUCUUAAAGCGCUCAAAAAGCAAAAAAUUUGCACAAAAAUUUAUUUUUUAACAUUAUGACUACCCCUAAUAUUUUUUAGGGGUAGUCACAAUUUCAACAAAAACUUUUAAUUUCCAAAAAAUAUUUAUAAAUUUCCUUUUCAGUUUUUACUUAAGCGCUCAAUAACUCAAGAUUGCACAAAAAGUAAGUUUUCCGCAUUAUGACUACCCCUACUAUUUAUUAGGGGUAGUCACAAUGGCAACAAACACGUAUAAGUACUAGAAAAAUAUAGAAAUUGCAUUUUCCGAGCCUACUUAAAGCGCUCAAAAACUCAAGAUUGAUUGAGCAUUAUGACUACCCCUACUUAUUUUAGUUAGGGUAGUCACAAUAAUAACGAAAACUUUUAUUAUAAAAUAACAGAAUUAAGAUAAAAGUCAACUUUUCUUGCCAAUAUGACUACCCCUACUUAUUUAGUAAGUUGUAGUAUUAUGACUACCCCUACCAGUAGGCGCUUUAGUAAGCUGUAAUUGGAUAAACAAUUAGCUUAGCCCAAGAGUUAACGGAUUUUUGCCAUCUUGACUACCCCUGCUGCAUCUAUAUAAAUAACAUAUGUACUUAAUCAGGCCACAAUCACUACAAAACUUUACAAAAAAAAAAAGAAGGAAAAUGGAAAAAAAAAAUAA